GUUCCCUCUCAGGCGGGGUGGCGGCCAUGCGGUGCCGGCCUGGCCGCGUCUCCGAUCCCCGGCUGAAGCAGCGCAUCAAGCAGUAUCUUGCAAGUAGUAAAUGUGGGCAGUAUGUUGACAUUGGAAUUCUAGCAUCUGAUUUGCAGAAAACCUACAGUGUAGAUUAUGGACGAAGAAAAAGAAAUGCCUUUAGAAUACAAGUUGCAAAAGUGUUUGAAAUAAUCAGUAAUGAAGAAGAACGCAAAGAUUUGGCAGUUUUAGAAUCAGAACAUGUGUCAAAAAGAGCAAGACAACAAGAGAAAAAUGAGACUACUGGAAGUGGCACAGAUGACUCUGACUAUGAUGAUUAUCCAGAAGAUUUAUCUGCAAAUCAGAUGAACAGUUCCCUGCUGAGCUUAUACAAGAAAGGAAAUCCUGAUUCUGUUCCAUCCACUCCAAAAAAUGACCCAGUGGAGACGUCUCCUCGUGUGAGAACAGCACCUCAAACAAGCACCUUUGCACCAGAAUCCAGAGGUGAAAGACAAAUCUCUGAUGGUGGCUGGUUCAUUGAUAAAACUCCUGAUGGGAAAGACUUCUUCAUUGACCUUUCUGAGGAUGGAGAAGGAGAGGAAACAAAACUGAUUUCUGAGAAAUCAACAGAAUUUUCUGUCUUGGAGAGUGAAAGAAAGAAGACAAAGGGCAGGAGAGCAAAAAGAAAAAAAGGAGAAUUUCAAGAUGUAGAUGGAGAAAUUGAAUCCAUGUUACUUAAGAAAGUGAGAAAUAAGGGGUCAGAGCUUUACCACCCUUCAGUGAAGUUUGAGGAUGUUGGAGGCAAUGAUGAAACAUUAAAGGAAAUCUGCAAGAUGCUCCUUCACAUCCGUCAUCCUGAGGUCUACACCCACUUGGGAGUUGUUCCACCUCGGGGCUUUCUUUUACAUGGGCCACCAGGAUGUGGGAAGACACUGCUGGCACAGGCAAUUGCUGGGGAGCUUGAGCUCCCUAUGUUGAAGGUGGCAGCAACAGAGAUUGUGUCUGGAGUGUCAGGGGAAUCUGAGCAGAAACUGAGGGAACUGUUUGAGCAAGCUGUGUCCAGUGCUCCAUGUGUCCUUUUCAUUGACGAGAUCGAUGCGAUCACCCCAAAGAGAGAAGUUGCAUCGAAGGACAUGGAGCGGAGGAUUGUAGCUCAGUUCCUGACUUGUAUGGAUGACUUGAAUAAUGUGGCUGCCACUACCCAGGUCCUUGUUAUUGGAGCAACAAACAGACCUGACUCCCUGGACCCUGCACUGAGGAGAGCUGGGAGAUUUGACAGAGAAAUUUGUUUAGGGAUCCCAGAUGAAGGGGCAAGAGAGAAAAUUCUUCAGACUUUGUGUCGAAAACUGAAGCUCCCAGAGUCGUUUGAAUUCCGUCAUUUAGCACGGCUGACUCCGGGCUAUGUGGGGGCUGAUCUGAUGGCCCUGUGCCGUGAGGCAGCCAUGGGCACAGUCAACAGGGUCCUGAUAACAUCUGAGGAGCACGGCAGGGAGCACACACACUCUGCAGGGAACACAGCUGAAGGAAGCCCGGGAAUAGGGACAGAUGUCCUGGUGGAAGAGGGCACCAACCAACCAGAGCUUCCACCUAAGGAUGAAUUGCAGAGACUUUUGGAUUUGCUGAAGGAGCAAGCCCCCUUGCCCGAGGAGCAGCUGCAGAAGCUGUGCAUUGAGAUGAAUGAUUUCAUUGUUGCACUGUCGUCAGUGCAGCCCUCUGCCAAGAGAGAAGGCUUUGUCACAAUCCCUGAUGUGACAUGGGCAGACAUUGGAGCCCUGGAGGAUGUUCGGGAGGAGCUGACUAUGGCAAUAUUGGCACCUGUGCGAAACCCAGAGCAGUUUAAAGCUCUGGGCCUGACUACUCCAGCUGGUGUCCUGCUUGCAGGUCCUCCAGGGUGUGGCAAAACACUAUUAGCUAAGGCGGUGGCAAACGAGUCUGGACUGAACUUCAUAUCUGUGAAAGGUCCUGAGCUGCUAAAUAUGUAUGUUGGUGAAAGUGAACGUGCUGUACGCCAGGUGUUCCAGCGUGCCAGGAAUUCAGCCCCUUGUGUUAUAUUCUUUGAUGAAGUUGAUGCUUUGUGUCCUCGGAGGUCUGACCGUGAAUCAGGAGCCAGUGUGCGGGUAGUGAACCAGCUCCUCACAGAGAUGGAUGGGCUGGAGAAUCGGCAGCAAGUUUUCAUUAUGGCUGCCACAAACAGGCCAGAUAUAAUUGACCCAGCAAUCCUGCGUCCUGGUAGGCUGGAUAAAACACUCUAUGUGGGUUUGCCACCACCUGAAGAUCGUCUUGCUAUUUUAAAGACCAUCACCAAAGGUGGCACCCGGCCUCCCCUAGAUAGUGAUGUGAGCCUAGAGGAAAUUGCUUACAGUCAGCACUGUGAUUGUUACACAGGGGCAGACCUUUCAGCUCUUGUGCGUGAGGCUUCCAUUUGUGCCCUGAGACAGGAAAUGGCCCUGAAGAAUACUCAAAGCAAGAAGGGAGAAAUCAAGAUUUCUCGUAAACACUUUGAAGAAGCUUUUAGGAAAGUGAAGUCUUCAGUGUCCAAACAGGAUCAAAUAAUGUAUGAAGAACUGCAUCAGUCACUGUGCAGGUGAUACAUUUGGACAAUUCCCACAAGAGACUAACUCUACACUGGUGAAGAGUUCUGCAGUUCCUGUGCCUGUUUUCAAGAGGCAGGUUGGAAAGAAGCUGUACUAAAUCCAUCUUUCAAUGUUUUAUACUGCACCUGAAAAAAAAAUCAUCACAACCUACUGCUCUAAAGCAUCCUUAACCAGAAUAAAAGAUACAAUACAUGCUUCCUUCUUAUAACCAUUUA